AUAAGGAAUUCAUUCAUUUGUGCUUAAAAAUCAAAAGUGAAUGAAUUGAAAAAGAAUGAAUAAAUUUAAAGAUAAAACAGCGGGAAGUCUUUCACAUUUAUUUUCAGAUUCACCUUCACCUCCACCUCAACUUCAACUUUAUCAGGGAAGUUGGUAUUCGAAAGGGUUAAAUUCACUGUGUUCACUAUUUUCUUACAUAAUCCCAUCAGCAAGCAUAGAUGAUGAUGAUGAUGAUAAGCGCAAAUCCAACGAUCAUGGAAACGUUGACAUCAAGCCAAUCGGCUCCAUUCCUGAUCGAUGGAGGAACCAGAAACUCCAUUUGGAAGAUGAAUCCUUAGAUAGCUGCAAAGAAUACACCAUUACCUAUGUCAGCGAAGAUUUGAAAAAGGUUUGCGAAGAUAAGAAGAGCAUCUGGACAGAGUUUGAGAAUAAGCAGCAAAUAAUUAGCACACGCGGCGGUGGCAGCAGCAGCAGCGAUUCGGAUGAGUUUCAUGAAGCGGGGGAGCAAUUGAGUCCCGUAAAGGGGUGGCUAAAUCUUUCAGAUGAAUCGGUGUUUAUUAACUGUGAAUUGUUCGAAUUCCUGGGGUCAUCGCUUCCCAAUAUUGUGAAGGGUUGUCAAUGGGUGUUGCUGUAUAGGUAAGUCUUCCAAAAAAGGUUGGUAAAUCAAAUUUCAAAAGCGGUGUGGUUUUUGAUUUGGUAACAACUGAUUCAAAUGAAGGGCAGUACGUGGAAACAUGGAAUAUCACUCCGUACACUUAUUCGUAAGAGCACUGAGCUUCCUGGUCCCUCUUUGCUGAUUACUGGAGAUAGGGAAGGAGCUAUCUUCGGUGCAAUGCUAGAAUGCCCUUUGAUACCCACUCCAAGGAGAAAAUAUCAAGGAACAAACCAGACGUUUGUAUUUACAUCCAUAUACGGUGUACCAAGGCUAUUCAGACCAACCGGUGCCAAUCGUUAUUAUUAUAUGUGUUUGAAUGACUUGUUAGCACUUGGUGGGGGUGCCAACUUUGCUUUGUGCUUGGAUGGAGAUCUAUUAAAUGGAACUAGUGGACCUUGUGAAACAUUUGGAAACAAGUGUUUGGCUCAUAACGAGGAAUUUGAACCAAAGAAUGUGGAGCUUUGGGGAUUCAAGCAUGCAUAUAGAAAUACCUUAAACUGAAAGCAAUUACUAAAAGAACGAUGGGAUUUUUAGCCCAUAUGUAAGUAUUGUAUCGAAAGUACUUUGAAGGUGAUGGGCAAAUUGCUGGUAGGUUGUUAUGGAGGUUUCUGAAUAGUAAUGGUGAUGCUGUUUGUGUGUGGAACAUCUGCAUUCUUUUCUUUUGUAAUAUCUAGAUUUAUAAUUUUUAAAUUCCAAUUGAUUUAUUAUUUACAUUAAAUUUGAAUUAAAUAAAACUGAUUGCCCAAUAUCAAAA